UAAAUCAUUAUCUCCCCAAAAGGUGAAGGUGGUGACGGUUGCGCUCGCCGCCAUUGUUGAUCGUUGAAAUCUCCCCUGGGGGGAGAGCGCGUGAACCCUACGGGGAUCCUGGAUUAGUAACUUAGUUGUUGUUUAUUGAGAUUAAUAAUUAAUUCAAGUUAAUAAGCAACUUGCAUCUCUUCUCCUUCGUCUUCUUCUUCAAAGUCCAACGAAACACCUAAACCUUAUUAUUCGCGUGUCUAUUUUUAUUACUUUAUUUGUCGUUGAAACAAAACCUCCGUUCGUUCCGGUCUCUCUCUCACAUCGACGAUGGCCAGGCAACGGCGGCGGUCUCUGUGUCUUCUAAUCACAGUCUGGUUCCUUUCCGGUUCGGUACAUGUGGUUCGAGCUCAAAACAGAACCGGAGCCACUACUGAUCCAGACGAAGCUCGAGCUUUGAACUCCAUCUUUGCCGCUUGGAGGAUCCCUGCGCCCAGGGAAUGGAACAUCAGCGGCGAACUUUGCUCCGGCGCCGCCAUGGACGACAGCGUCACCAUCGACGACAAAGCAUACAACCCUCUUAUCAAAUGCGACUGCACUUUCAACAGCUCCAAAAUCUGCCGCAUCACCGCCCUCAAGGUUUAUGCGAUUGAAGUUGUAGGACCUAUCCCUCCCCAGCUCUGGACUUUGCACUACCUCACUAAUCUGAACUUGGGUCAAAAUGUUCUUACAGGCUCCCUCCCUCCUGCUAUUGGUAAUUUGACUCGUAUGCAAUAUAUGACUUUUGGGAUCAAUGCCUUGUCUGGCCCUGUUCCCAAGGAAAUUGGUUUGCUUAAAGAUCUAAGAUCACUUAGUAUUAGCUCAAAUAACUUUUCUGGUUCUAUACCACCUGAGAUUGGGUCUUGUACUAAACUACAGAAAAUGUAUAUAGGAAGCUCUGGACUCACAGGGGUAAUACCUCUGUCAUUUGCUAAUCUUGUUCAGCUCGAAGAUGCUUGGAUUACGGAUCUGCAAGUUACAGGUCCAAUACCGGAUUUUAUAGGAAACUGGACCAAACUUACUACCUUGAGAAUUUUCGGAACUGGUUUGAGUGGUCCUAUACCGUCAUCAUUUUCCAACUUAACUUCUUUGACCGAACUGAGGCUUGGUGAUAUAUCCAACGGCAGCUCUUCUCUUGAAAUCUUCAAAGACAUGAAAUCUCUAAGUACAUUAGUAUUUAGGAACAGCAAUCUCACUGGGACGAUACCCUCUUUUAUCGGAGAAUUUUCAAGUCUGCAACAAGUUGAUUUAAGCUUCAACAAACUAGGUGGACCAAUUCCAGCUUCACUUUUCAAUUUAAGUCGACUUACUCACUUGUUUCUUGGGAACAACACGUUGAAUGGUUCAUUGCCUUCUCAAAAGAGUCAGACUUUGAGAAAUAUAGAUGUGUCGUACAAUGAUUUGUCUGGAAGUCUUCCUUCAUGGGUCAACUUACCAAACUUGAAACUCAACCUCGUUGCUAACAAUUUCUCCUUGGAAGGUCUUGACAAGAGUGUUUUACCAGGACUGAGCUGCCUGCAGAAAGACUUCCCUUGCAAUCGAGGCAAAGCAUUAUAUUCUGAAUUUUCGAUCAACUGCGGAGGCCCACCAAUACGGUCUGUGAGCGGAGCAUUAUUUGAGAGGGAGGACGAGGAGCUGGGACCAGCUUCUUUUGUCGUGAGUGAUGUUCAGAGAUGGGCAGCCAGUAGCGUGGGACUUUUUGCCGGAAGUAGCAGUAAUGUAUACACAGCGACGUCACAAUCACAAUUUAUCAACACUUUGGACUCGGAGCUUUUUCAGUCAGCAAGACUUUCUGCAUCUUCCCUGAGGUAUUAUGGGUUGGGGCUAGAAAAUGGAGGCUAUACAGUAACACUUCAGUUUGCUGAAAUUCAAAUCCUUGGUUCUUCUUCAAACACUUGGAGAGGUUUAGGAAGACGACGUUUUGACAUUUAUGUCCAGGGAAGACUUGUUGAAACAGAUUUUGAUGUACGCAGAACAGCUGGUGACUCUACUGUUCGAGCCGUUCAGAGAGUAUAUAAAGCAAAUGUAACUGAGAAUCACCUCGAAAUUCAUCUUUUCUGGGCUGGAAAAGGAACAUGUUGUAUCCCCAUUCAAGGGGCGUAUGGGCCUUUAAUAUCGGCUGUCAGUGCAAAAUCAGAUUUUACACCAACUGUGGGCAAUCGGCCACCAUCAAAGGGAAAGAACAGGACCGGUACUAUUGUGGGUGUCAUUGUUGGCGUAGGACUCUUAAGUAUCUUAGCGGGUGUGGCUAUCUUCAUCAUCCGAAAAAGAAGAAAGCGGUACACAGAUGAUGAAGAGCUUCUUAGUAUGGACGUAAAGCCUUACACCUUUACUUACUCGGAACUGAAGAGUGCAACUCAAGAUUUCGAUCCCUCUAACAAGCUUGGAGAGGGAGGAUUUGGGCCCGUUUAUAAGGGAAAACUCAAUGAUGGAAGAGAUGUAGCAGCGAAGCUGUUGUCGGUGGGAUCCCGGCAAGGGAAGGGACAAUUUGUUGCAGAGAUUGUAGCGAUUUCCGCAGUUCAACAUCGCAACUUAGUAAAACUUUAUGGGUGCUGCUACGAAGGAGAUCAUCGUUUGCUCGUAUAUGAAUACCUUCCUAACGGAAGUCUUGAUCAGGCUCUAUUUGGGGAUAAGACCUUACAUCUUGAUUGGUCAACUCGUUAUGAGAUAUGUCUUGGAGUUGCCAGGGGUCUAGUCUAUCUCCACGAGGAGGCGAGGCUUCGCAUUGUACACAGGGAUGUGAAGGCCAGCAACAUUUUACUGGACUCUAAUCUGGUCCCAAAAGUUUCUGAUUUUGGGCUGGCAAAGCUGUACGAUGACAAGAAAACCCACAUAAGUACCCGAGUAGCAGGGACGAUUGGAUAUCUUGCGCCAGAGUAUGCCAUGCGCGGACAUCUAUCAGAGAAAACUGAUGUGUAUGCCUUUGGUGUUGUGGCUCUUGAGCUAGUGAGUGGAAGGCCAAACUCCGAUGAGAACUUGGAGGACGAGAAAAGAUAUCUUCUUGAAUGGGCAUGGAAUCUACACGAGAAAAGUCGUGAAGUGGAGCUUAUCGAUCGUGAGCUAACUGAAUUCAACAUGGAAGAAGUGAAGCGCAUGAUAGGCAUUGCUCUGCUGUGCACUCAGACAUCACAUGCCCUGAGACCACCAAUGUCAAGAGUGGUGGCCAUGCUUUCGGGAGACGUUGAGGUGAGUGAUGUCACCUCUAAGCCAGGCUACCUAACCGACUGGAGAUUUGACGACACCACGAGCUCUUCUCUUAGCGGAUUUCAAACCAAAGGGACUUGGGCUUCUGAUUCCUUGUCCACGAGCUUUGUGGCGCCUGGCUCCGAGAUAUCACCCGGAAGCGCCGACUCUAAACCGAUGCUUGGAGUGAAGAUCAACGAGGGAAGAUGAGAAAGACCCUUCCUUAUCUGUAACUAACUAUAGAGAUAUAUGUGUUUUGUGUAGGUGAAUGAGGAUCACUAUUUUCUUCGUUUGAUUAGAGAAACGUAUAUCACUUUUGAUUCAAUAAUGAUAAUUAAGCUCUUUCGGUUUUC